GUCAAGUUCUUCAACACAUGCACACGGUAAACGAUUCACAUGGGUUCAUAUUUUGGGUAUGAUCUAUUUUUCUUUUUUGGAAAUCAAUUCACAGGUUCAGAUGGAAAUUAAUUCACAAGUUUGCACUUUAACACACACUGACACACCCACGAACAAUCUAUUUUAUGGGUGUGCUCUUCCAGAACAACAAAUAAAAUUGAUUGAGAAGUUGAAUACAUAUCAGGGAACGAAAUCGAUUUCGAAUCUGUCAAGAUUCAACCACCGUCAAUCUCUCAAGAAUCAAACUCAGUUAACCCUAAUGCAAUAUGAAAUUGAUUUUACGGGUGAAAUCGACCCAGGAAUGUCUUUUCUUUAUCACAUAUUGCUGGAUUAAUAGGUGUGUGUGUGUAUGUGUUUUUGAUCGCCGCUCUCACCGAUCCUGUUUUUCUUAUUUGAUUUUUAACAAGAAGAUGUGAUAGAUGAUAAUAACGAAGACAAACUGGUGGUGUGAUGAAAAAGUGGGUUUUAUGUGUGUGUUCCACUUUCCUCAAAUUUGUAGGUACAAGAUAAUAAACAAACGAGAAUAUGGGACAGAGAUGGAGAUUCGAUGUCUCUUUCUUCUUUCUAUGUAAAAUUGAAGAACGAGUCUCAAGUUAUAGGUCUGUUAUGGCGAGAUGAAGACCGGGGGGUGGAGAUGGUCACAUAAGGAAGAUGAUGAAGAUCAUGAUAGGAUGUGGCAGAUGAUGGUGUUGGUUUUAUUCAUGUUGUGGGCUUGUGAUAUAGGUUAAUUUGAUGGUGCAAGUUCGGUGGUUGAAGAAGGAAGCUUAGGUUCAUCAUUCGUGAUGUAUGGAUGACGGUGUGUAAAAGGAACAUGAUGAAGGUUGAUGAUCCGAGAAACAAUGCAGAAGCAAGUCAAAGGUUACCUACGUGGUGUAUUUGGGCAGACUCUAUUUCCAAUUAUGCCCUUAGCAGAUAGCGAUAACUAGGGAUGUGAAAGAAAGGGUUAAAGUAGCCAAAAUCUGUGAUGUGAAUAGAGGACGACAGCCUGAAUUUUCAAGAACUUAGAAGAAGAUUGACAAUCAGAUAAGUGUUUGAAGAAAUCGAUGAUGAUGUUAAGCUGCCUGACAGUAGUAUUUGCUCUAUCUGUGAGUGACGUUACAGGUAGAGGGUCAAAAGAAUGGCGAGCAUCUGCUCCGGCUCCACCACCUGGGUUUAAUGAAGAAAAUGGCAAAGGGACUACACAUCAUCAUCAUCAGCAUGGAGUGUUGUGGUCUGAACUUGUUAUUGUGAUAGCAUUAGUUGUCAUGCUUGGGUUUGUGGUGAAUGUGGUGAUCAUAAGAUUAUUGAAGGAAAAAACGAAGGUGAAAAACACCAGCACCCCUGUUGUUGGAACUAAAACCUCCUCCCCAGUGUCAGUGUCAGUGAAGGAAGUAGUAAAGGUGGAAGACACAAAUCCAUAUCCAGGCCUUGUUUUUUUUGUAGAACAAGAGGAGCAAUUCAAUUUGCAGAACCUUCUGGAUGCAGGAGCUGAUCUGCAAAACCAAAACUACUGCAGCAGCCUUUACAAGGUUCAGCUUAACAACAACAACAACAAUUUUGCUUAUGCAGUGAAGCGAUUAAAGAAAUUACAGGCGCCAUGUGAGGAGUUUGAUCGCACAAUGGCAAUGGUUGGGAAGUUGAACCAUCAAAACAUUCUUCCCCUUGUAGCCUACAGUUGUCAGGGUGAAGAGAAGCUUCUCAUUUACAAGUAUCAAAACAAAGGGAGCCUCCUGGCACUCAUGGAAAGGAAUAUUGAGGGGAAGAUCGAAUUCCCAUGGAAAGUGCGGUUGUCUAUAGCGGUUGGAAUAGCAAGGGGUUUGGAUCACAUAUACAAAAGUGAUCCUGGCAUUCCCCAUGGAAACAUCAAGCUUUCCAACAUUUUGUUGAAUGAAAACAAGGAGGCAUUAAUAAGUGAAUACGGAUACUGGAAUAUGGUUGAUCCGAAAAGUGCUAGCUUGCAGAGAUCAAGUAAUGGCUAUGGCAGCUACACAGCCCCUGAGAAAUGUUUAUCGGAAAAAGGAGACGUGUUCAGCUUUGGGGUGAUUCUGUUGGAACUGCUGACAGGGAAGAUAGUGGAGAACAGUUACAGUGGUGGGUUGGACCUUCCAAAGUGGGUCAAGGCCAUGGUCAGAGAGGAGUGGACAGGGGAGGUGUUUGAUAAGGAGAUUGCAAAGGUUGGAAUGUAUGCUUUUCCUCUGCUGAAUGUUUCCUUAAAGUGUGUUGCCCAUUUUGCUGAGAACAGACCUUCCAUGGCUGAGGUUUUGGAGACGAUACUUGGUGUUGUUGUUGAGGCACAGGAAGAUUUUUCUUUUUCUUCCACCGACUCAACCCCCCCACACCCACACCCACACACACACGAUGCUGCUCAUGUGCUUUAUUCAGUUGCAGAGGAUAAGGAGGAGAGCUAGGCUAGGCUAGCUAAUAUAAACACCUCUCAAGUCUCGAUCAAUCAUUAACUAAUAUCUUGUACAUACAGAAACCAGAUUAGUAGUGCAUGUUUAUGUUUUGUUUUUCUACCAAUAACUCAAUGCCAUGGCUAUUAUUAUACUGUACGACAUUGUUCCACUUGAAGAAGA